CUGGGCUUUUCAUCUCCAGGCCUCUCUCAUUUCCUUCUCUGAGUCUACAAACAUGUAGAAGCAGGUGUUUUAAUUACGUCAUAGCAGUAGGAGAAGAGGCUUUAAGUCCUCUUCUUUCUCUAGCUACCGAACCACUUUUUAAAAUUCGCCCAAAUCACAAUUCUGUUUGCACUUAGAAUGGCGGAUCAUUCGUGGGAUAAAACUGUGGAAGAAGCAGUGAAUGUGCUUGAAUCCAGGCAAAUUCUUCGAUCUUUGAGGCCCAUUUGCAUGUCUAGGCAAAACGAAGAAGAAAUAGUGAAAAGCAGAGCCAAUGGAGGAGACGGGUACGAGGUGUUCGACGGUUUGUGUCAAUGGGAUCGGACUUCAGUUGAGGUGUCUGUCUCGAUUCCUACAUUUCAGAAAUGGCUUCACGAUGAACCCAGCAACGGUACGUUUCAUUUCUUUCCUGAUAUUUUUUUUUGCCGAGAGUUUCGGAGUUUCCAAAGUUUGGUGUUUUUUUCUUCCUUUGAACUCAAAUGCGAUUUCGUUUUCAUACUUUAGACAGUGAAUUAUGGCUUUAUGCAAAGUGUAAUUGAUGGUUAUAAUUUGGGUUUAGUGAAGAAGCUGAAUUGAUUAGGCAAAAGACUGGGUUUUUAUGUUGUAUCAGUUUCACGUUGACAGGAGAAGAGAUUUUUAGUGGAGAUGCAUUAGCUGAGUGUAGAAAAGGGAGAUUCAAGAAGCUGCUUUUGUUCUCUGGGAAUGAUUAUUUGGGUUUGAGCUCACAUCCUACAAUAUCAAACGCUGCUGCAAACGCAGUCAAAGAAUAUGGUAUGGGACCUAAGGGUUCUGCUUUAAUAUGUGGCUAUACCACUUAUCAUCGUUUGCUUGAGUCUAGUUUGGCGCAACUGAAGAAAAAAGAGGAUUGUCUUGUUUGUCCUACUGGGUUUGCUGCCAAUAUGGCUGCAAUGGUUGCAAUUGGAAGUGUUGCUUCUCUUUUGGCCGCUAGCGGGAAACCUCUGAAGAAUGAAAAAGUUGCCAUCUUUUCUGAUGCGCUGAAUCAUGCAUCAAUUAUUGAUGGUGUCCGUCUUGCUGAACGACAAGGAAAUGUUGAAGUUUUUGUUUAUCGACACUGUGACAUGUAUCACCUUAAUUCGUUAUUAUCAAAUUGCAAAAUGAAGAGGAAGGUCGUGGUGACUGAUAGCUUAUUUAGUAUGGACGGUGACUUUGCACCAAUGGAAGAGCUCUCUCAGCUUCGGAAGAAGUAUGGCUUCCUUCUAGUUAUUGAUGAUGCUCAUGGAACAUUUGUCUGUGGAGAAAACGGUGGUGGCGUGGCUGAGGAAUUUAACUGUGAAGCUGAUGUAGAUUUAUGUGUGGGCACUUUGAGUAAGGCAGCAGGGUGUCAUGGCGGUUUCAUAGCUUGCAGCAAAAAAUGGAAGCAACUGAUACAGUCGAGAGGUCGUUCAUUCAUAUUUUCAACAGCAAUCCCUGUCCCAAUGGCUGCAGCUGCUUAUGCAGCAGUUGUAGUGGCGAGGAAGGAGAUAUGGAGAAGAAAGGCAAUAUGGGAGAGGGUAAAAGAGUUCAAGGAAUUAUCUGGAGUUGACAUCUCAAGCCCCAUUAUCUCACUUGUUGUAGGGAAUCAAGAGAAAGCCCUCAAAGCGAGCCGGUAUCUAUUAAAAUCAGGCUUCCAUGUAAUGGCAAUACGACCGCCCACAGUGCCACCCAAUUCUUGCAGGCUAAGGGUGACACUGAGUGCAGCACAUACCACAGAAGAUGUGAAGAAACUCAUCACUGCGCUUUCUUCUUGUUUGGACUUUGACAACACAGCCACUCACAUUCCUUCCUUUCUAUUUCCCAAAUUAUAAAACUUCUUUCUGUUGUCGCAAUUAUUCCAAAGCUCUAAUUCUAAAAUUGUUUCUGAUAUUGUCAGUGAAAGAAUCACUUGAAGUACAGAGUUCAUUCAUUGUAUUGUUGUAAUCCCCACUUUGCAAUGUACUAUAACAUCUAGAUUUUCCUUGGGCC